AUGGGGCCGAAACCAGAUCCAGAGGAGUUCAAGAAUAAACACUAUGCACAUUUCGAAGAGCUGAUGAUGGAGAAACCAAAAUCCUACCUUGCUGAGCACAUACCAGGAGCCGUCCUGUUCAACAUUGACGCUGCGUACUAUCCGUCCAAGUACAUUCGUUUUGACCUUUAUCCACCCGAGGAUUUCGAAAAGUUUAUUCGUCUGCUUGGCGUGAAUAAUAGCAACCAUGUGCCCGGCAAUUUCAUAGCGAAACCCAUCGACCCGUCACUGAUCAUCACCUUUGAGGAAUUGGACCAGAAGAAUGCCGAUGGAAUCCGUUCGAAGAUAUGGACAGGUAGGAGCUUAAUGGAACACCAGUGCACCGCAAUGAUGGGUGUGUUUGGUUCUAAAAAACUAGCUCAAUCUAACUUUCAGAUCAAUUAUCUUGAUGCGCGUCCGGCGGCACAGUACAACGGUAGUGAACCACUGGGUAUUCCGGCAAAAGCGUGCCACUGGUGCUCACCUCAAAGGAUCCAAGAGCGUGCCAUUAGCACUAGUUGUUUCGGAAAAUGGAUUGAAACCGAAGAGAGAGAUAAUACGAGUUCUCAAAAUGCUGGUUUCAACAAAACGCUGCCUACGGUGACGGCAUGUUUGUCUGGAGUGCAGGCCUCAAUGCUGGCUUUCGUUCUUUCACACGUCGGUGUCAAAGCGAGGGUAUAUAAU